GAUAGGAGGCCGUCGGCUCGUCUGUCAGACUGGAAAAGAAGCCAAUCUGGGAGGUUAGCCAGGCCACAAACAAGAGACGUUAUUUCUUAUUUGUGACGUUACAGUUCAUUAUUUCCAUUGUGGCGAACUAAAGGCUUGACAGGAUAAACAGCCAUGAAAUUACAAAAGCUCUAGGACCCGGGCCACCUGAGAUAAGGGAGCAGAGGUCACUCCCCCUGUCCCCCUUUCCCUCCCCUGUCCCCUGUCCCCCUGGACGGAUCAGACAUGACCACAGGGGAGUGUUGCCACCUGCCAGGCUCGCUGUGCGACUGCACUGGCAACGCUGCCCUGUCCAAAACCGUGGAGGAGUCGGACCACCGUAGGGCACAGUACGUCACACAGGUCACGGCGAAGGACGGACGCCUGCUGUCCACUGUCAUCAAAGCCCUGGGCACACAGAGUGAUGGCCCGAUUUGUCGCAUCUGCCACGAGGGGGGCAACAGUGAAGGGCUCCUUUCGCCAUGUGACUGCACAGGCACGCUGGGCACAGUGCACAAGAGCUGCCUGGAGAAGUGGCUGUCCUCUUCCAACACCAGCUACUGUGAGCUGUGUCACACAGAGUUCACUAUCGAACGCAGGCCGAGACCCCUCACAGAGUGGCUUAGGGACCCUGGGCCCAGAAACGAGAAGCGCACGCUCUUCUGCGACAUGGUGUGCUUCCUGUUCAUUACACCCCUGGCAGCCAUAUCAGGCUGGCUGUGCCUACGAGGGGCUCAGGACCACCUGCACUUCAACAGUCGCCUGGAGGCAGUCGGCCUGAUCGCUCUCACCAUCGCACUCUUCACCAUUUAUGUCCUCUGGACUCUGGUGUCAUUCCGUUACCACUGUCAGUUGUACUCCGAGUGGAGACGAACCAAUCAGAAAGUGCGUCUGCUCAUUCCUGACGCCAAGGGUGCCCACUCUACCCAGCAUUCCUUGCUUUCCACAAAGCUGCUGAAAAAGACGUCAGACGAGACCAUCGUAUGAGAAUGGCGGUGUUUUGGGGAGGGCGGGGGACAUGACAGUGUUGGUAUUAAAUGUGCUAAAGGUUCUUGAUGUGUCACAUCAUCAGUUAGAGCCUCAGCACUUUUGGAUGCAUUCUUUUUCUAUUUAAUCCUUUUUAUCUAAAUAUGUGAGCACUUCUUUUAUUUUCUUUCUUCAACUCUCUCUCUCUCUUUUCUGUUGUGCGUAUUAUUUUGUACCUUUCUGUGAGCUGUUUGUGGUUUGGGAACGAUUUUAUUUAUUUGCCUACACGGUGAUCUAUGAGGCCCUCUACCACACAGCAUACUUUGUUCAGAACAGUAGGGACUCUAUGAGCAGAGGUAGCUGGGUGAGGGGACAAAUUCAGGAAAACAGGAAAAAGCUGAUGAACUUUAAAAUUAAACACUUCUCUAAUGUUUUGUUUAAUUUAAAAGCAUUGGCAUUUUGAUUGGACAGGAAAAUGGCUACUGCCAGUUUUUGAGUACUUUAUCCCAUGUGACAGUUGGUAUAUAUUAUAGAAGCUCCAAUGUUUGAAGCUUACUCUGUUAGGCCAUGUGGUGAUUUUUUUUAAGUGUUGACAGGAUGACAGGGCCUUCUCCUGAGGCCGGCUAACAGAAUGAGCUAUAACCUGCAAGCACCUGAUCUCUUAGACAUGCCCCAAUAGAGGGGAGAACACUAAAAUAGGAGAGUGAAAUAAAUUCAUUUCCUUUUUCCACCUAGUAUGCGGCAGAGUGUAUGCCCUCCAGUACGCUCGGUUUUUCAUGCAUGCAAAAUAAUUUUUUAAUUCUACCCUUUUUUUGAGUAUCAUGAUUAGUGACUGUUAAAGUUGCUAUCGCAGAUCUCUUCUGUGGAUCAGCAGAGGCUAUACUCAGCAGCUCUUAAAAGCGAGCAUCAUGCAGAAAGCAGUGUACGGUGGUCCUACAGUGGUAGCACUUAAACGAGUAGCCUAGGUAUGCGCUGAUCAAGUGUAAUUGUGCUUCAGGUCAUUAUUGUGACAAACGUUUCUUAAUUUUAAACAUUGCAGCUCCACGUGGCUGUGGUAAAGGGCAGAAUGUGUUUGUGAGAACAUGUAUGUACACUUUUAUUUGUAUUUUUGUUUUUGUAGCAGUUUUACAUUAUUAAAUAUGCAGUUAUUUGGGGAAAAUUGUCUGACAACAGGGGAACAACUGUGUAAUUAUCUAUUUACACCACUUGAGUACAGACAAGAUUAUCACCCUGCAUGUUAUAUGUUACAAGAGUGAUGUGGAAAAUGACAUAACUUUAAAGGGAAACCUGUGUCGUGAUAUAGGGCCUCCUACUAAUGGCUUUAUGGACCCCUUGACCAAAGUUUGGCCUUUAUGCAGUUAUCGAGGGACCAUCUGCUUCUGAUAACGGGCUCUGUUCACAUAGGAAACAUGACAAACAUCUCUGUAAAAAUAUUAAGUAUAUCAUCUGGACAGGCUCUGUACAUUUGUAUAUACAAUUAAGUCUGUGGAAGGCAGUCCAGGUGUGGGUGUGGAUGUUUGUCACAAUAGUUGACAGUCCAGCUUUGUGUGAUUGUGUGAUUUUGACCUUCCAUAGUGCCACAUUUAAAACAAAACAAAAAGGUGCUUGCAUCCGUAUACGGAGUAAAAAAAUAGGUGAAAGAUAAAUCCCUCAGAGUUCUGUUUGCUCGGCUUCUUGUUCUUUAUGGGGUAAAAGUCACCUGAGAUAUUUCUCGCAAAUUGUAGUUACUUCUUUUCAAGUGUCACUCAACACUCUAAAUGACUUCUCCUUGGAAUAAUGUUAAGUUUUGGAAAGUGGUGUGCAAUAGAUUAAUACUAAAAGCUUUCAGCAUUAAAUGUUUUUUAAAUUAUGUUUUUGAGAAAGAAGCAAAUGUUGUAAAAAAUAUAUAUCUCUGCAACAUUAUUAUCCUACCUGUUGUGUGGUGCAGGAUUGAUGGCUUUGGAUUAACUUUUUCAAAUAAUUCUAGAAGCCCAACCGAGAGGAGCCACAAAAACGGUCACAGAUAAGCAGCUAAGUGCAAAUUCACUGCUUAACUGCUGCUCUAAGUAACACUGUCUCUCAUUGGUGUGCUUCCAUCUGACAUGUCUGCCUUUUUCUUUCCUGAUUAUCUGUAUCUUUAUUUUGCAAUGUGAGGUUAAAAAAAAGAAAAGGAAAAAAAAAACAUGCUUGAGUGCAGUGUCGGCAAUAUUACAAUGCACUUCUUGCCUAUAACCUUAUCAGUACAUUUAAGAAAAUUAUUCUAUAGACAUAUGAAGGAUUACAGGACUACAUUCAGAAAGAAAAAAAGAGAUCACUGUUGGGUUGUUUUAUUUUUACUUUAGAUCCAUGAGUUUCUUCCACUAUGCAACCUGCAGAGUUAAGCAGCCAAAAGGCUUUUACUUUCUAAAAUUAAUAUGGCUGUUAAUAUGUGUUAAUAUGGCUGACCCAUGUUAUUUCUUACACUAUAUAAACCAAAUUUCUUUACAUUUGGAAAUAGGUUAGCUAGCCUUUUCUACUUGACACAUUUCAGAGGUUAAACUUCCUCUGAUAGUUGAUGAACUGGUUCACUUUAUUGCAUAACAAAAAGAAAGUGGUAAAGACCAAUCUCUUGUUUUCUCCAGGAUAAACCUAAGCAAAUUUAUACAAAACCUUAUACACAAUUUUUUUUUUGUUUCGUCAUCAGUGUGUUUUAAUGUGUUUUUAGUGUAUGUAUUAUUUGCAUUUUAUGUCUUUUUUUUUUUAAUUAUUCUUUGAGCACCGUAUUUUUAUCACUUAACGCAGUUUUUGGGAUACUAUUAUAUUUAUGUAGUGAAGUGGAUAAAGACUGAUGUGUCUGUAUUGUCCUCACUAAAAGUUGUUGGUGCUUGCAAUCAGCCAAGAAAAGUGUGCAAAGCGAAUUAAACAUGAUGCUCUGGA